AGAUGAGGCAAAGUAUGAAAUGUGUUCCAAUAUGUCUAUAGUCACUAUGGAUUAAUUACCAGUAAUGCAAUAUAAAUCUGUGCCAACAUUUCUUCCUAUAAUAGUACAAAAGACUGACAGAGAAAAAAAAAGACAAUACAAUAAUGUUAAAAGUUAACUAGUAUGUUUUUGCACAAAAAAGAUUUAACAUGGAAAUUAUAAUACUGAUUUUGUGUUUAAUUAGAACAACAGUUUACGGUUGUAGCAAUUAUAAUUUUUGGUUUUUAGGAUAUAACACAUUAAAAGACAGGACUAAUUGUUCAUGUGAGCUUAACUUUAUAAACAUAUCAGAACAGCUUCCUGUCGAUCUAAAUAUGAUCAAUGUGCGCGCUGAAGGGAAUGGAAAUAGAGAACAUAUUAAACAGUCUGAUGAAAGGAACAUACGAAGUGUAUGGGAUAUAGGAAAUGGAGACAGAGUACUGCACCAAUUAUCGCAUGGAAAACUUCAGGACGGCCCGUCCCAUACGAAACAGAUUUGGUUAGAAUGGGGUCCUUCGUUCUGGGGUAUAAGUACAGGAACAGAAACAUUUCGUCAGUGCGAUGUACACAACUGUAAUGUACUAUCAAGAAACCACCACAGUGUUGUUAAUGCUCGCUUAUUUUCAGAUGGUGUUAGUUUUCUUGAUUUGCAAGUACUCAGGGCAAUCAAUAGGACGUCAUCCGAAAUCUGGAUAAUUCAUACAUUGGAAAGCCCAAUGGCAGCAAAUAAUUUCAAGAAUUUAGAUAAUAUGUUUAACUGGACUGCUACAUAUCGAACGGAUUCUACAAUAGUAACACCUUAUGCAAAGUGGAUAUCUUUCAAGGACCAUAUCAGUUCUGACCUAAGUAAAAUCAAUUAUGCAGAACACAAAACAAAGAAGGUAGCUAUGUUUGUUUCUAAUUGUCAUACUUCAAACGACAGACUGGUAUACGCCGAGGAGUUGUCGAAACACAUACAAGUUGAUAUUUAUGGCGACUGUGGUAAUCUAAGUUGCUCAAAAAACGACAAUAAACAUUGCAUGCAAAUUUUAAGAAAGGAUUAUAAAUUUUACUUGGCAUUUGAAAAUAGCAAUUGCCGGGACUACAUUACUGAGAAAUUUUACAUGAAUGCACUUGGGAAUAAUGUUUUGCCUGUUGUCAUGGGAGCACAUCCAGAUGAUUACAAAAGAUCAGCUCCGCAUCAUUCAUACAUACAUGUGGAGGAUUUUCAAUCUCCCAAACAUUUAGCAGAAUAUUUACAUACAUUAGACAAAAAUGACCAAUUAUAUAAUCAGUAUUUCAAAUGGAAGGGAACAGGAACGUUUAUAGAUACAAAAUUUUGGUGUAGACUAUGUGCAAUGUUAAAUGACCCUUAUAAACCAAAUUUGAUUGUAAGUGAACUUGACAGAUGGUGGCGAUCAGAACGAACGUGUAUACGUGCAGAUCAAAAGUGGAUUACAUAAUUCUUACAAUAAACUAUUUUAAUUUUAA